AUGGAGAAAUCACUGGAGGUUGUUACGCUACAAGGGCCAUUGAAACUGGAUCCGGAAUGUUUCGGUUACUGGAAAGUAUCGAUCCAGCAGGUCAUCUCAAGCAUUGACAUGGAAGCUUGGUUUGCAGUGGAGGAUGGUUGGACUCAUCCAACUGAUAAGAAUGAAGAUGGUGAAUUGGUGCAAAAACAUAGAAAGAAGUGGACAGCUGAAGAAAAGGCUAAGGCCAAACACAAUUCGCAGGUGUUGUCAGUCAUCUUCAAAUCUCUGCCGAGAGAUAUUUUCAACCAAGUUCAAGGUUGUGUGUCGGCUAAAGAGGAGUGGGACAUUCUGGUCGUGACUUUUGAAGGAACUUGUAGAGUUAGGCGCACAAGACUGGACAAUCUUGUGUCAGACUUUGAGAAUCUGCAAAUGAUUGAAACCGAAUCUGUGGCAGACUAUAGCAGCCGGUUGAGUGGUAUUGCUCAAGAGUCUGUCGUUUUGGGUAAACGAUACAAGGACAAAAAACUGGUCAAGAAAUUUCUUAGAAGUUUACCUGACAAGUUUCAACCGCACAGGUCUGCAAUUGAUGUGUCUCUCAAUUAUGAUGAGCUCAAGUUCAAUCAAGUCGUUGGGAUAAUGCAGGCGUUUGAGAUGCAACUAAAGAAGAAAGAGAAAAUGAAUGCUAAGUCAUUUGCUCUUAAAGCUGCAGAAGAACAGAAGCUUGUUGAAUCACAGGAGCUUGAAGACGAAGAGAAGGUCGGUCUGUUGGUUAAGAAGUAUUUUCGCAAGAUGGAAAGAGGUCAGCGGAAGGGAACUCCAUCACUUGCAAGUGCAGAUUCUGCCAAGGGUUUCAGGAAGAAUGAUAAGUCAGAACGCCAGUGUGCUGAGUGUGAAGGAUAUGGUCAUUGCAAGGCUGAGUGCCCAAACAACAAACGGAAGCAAUCUCUGAAAUGCUAUGGAUGCAAGGGUUUUGGUCAUACCAAGACUGAUUGUCCCUCCCAAGGAAGUAAUCAGAAGUCCUACAUCACAUGGAGUGAAAGUGAUUCUGAUGAAGAAGAUAACAAAGGUGAAAUUAUGAACAACUUUGUGGCUCUGCUGUGGAGUAAUCGAGGAAGAUGA